GAAAAGUAAAUUUAUGGCCUCAACAGCAACAUCAACAAAAUCUGUGUUUUUCACCUGCGAAAAAUCAAGAACUUGGCUUGGGUUUUCAAUAAUUUCUAAUAUAUUAUUUUAAAUGGCUGGGAAUUUCUGGCAGAGUUCGCAUUCGCAACAAUGGAUCUUAGAUCGGCAAGAUUUAAUACGUGAACGUCAAUAUGACUUGCAAAUCCUAACCGAAGAAGAAUACCAAAAAGUGUUUAUUUUUUUUGCUAAUGUUAUUCAAGUUCUUGGAGAACAAUUAAAACUCCGUCAACAGGUUAUUGCAACCGCAACAGUGUACUUUAAACGAUUUUAUGCGCGCAAUUCCUUGAAGAAUAUUGACCCACUGUUGUUGGCUCCAACAUGUAUUCUACUGGCAUCAAAAGUAGAAGAAUUUGGGGUGAUUUCCAAUUCCAGACUAAUAUCGAUAUGUCAGUCGGUUAUAAAAAGCAAGUUUAGUUAUGCCUACACUACCGACUUCCCCUACAGAACCAACCACAUAUUGGAGUGUGAAUUUUAUUUAUUGGAGAAUUUAGACUGUUGCCUCAUAGUUUAUCAGCCAUACCGUCCGCUGUUACAGCUUGUUCAAGAUAUGGGUCAUGAUGAUCAACUAUUAACGCUAAGUUGGCGUAUUGUAAACGAUUCGCUCCGCACUGAUGUCUGCCUACUGUAUCCACCUUAUCAGAUUGCUAUUGCGUGUUUACAAAUUGCGUGUGUGAUACUACAGAAGGAUUCCCAGAAAAGUUGGUUUGCCGAGUUAAAUGUUGACCUCGAUAAGGUUCAAGAAAUUGUACGCGCUAUUGUCAAUUUAUUUGAAUUGUGGAAAGAUUGGAAGGAAAAGGAUGAAAUACAGAUGUUGUUGGCAAAAAUUCCUAAACCAAAACCAGCACCGCAACGUUAACAAUUAUAAGUUAUUAUAAACAUUAUUUAUUAUUUUAAUUAGCUACAAAUAUAAGUCGGAAAAGAUAA